UGCACUUUUUAUUCCCGGAGCCCCUUCUCUCUUUAGGGUUUCUUCUCUUACAGUUCCAUCAAUUCUCUCGUUAACCUCGCCAAUCGAAAGCCAUUCUGGAGCCGGUGAAACCUCCAAUUCGUUUCUUUCUCGUACAGUUUCUUAGGGUUUCAGAUUUGGGAUUUGCGUUCGCGAUUGCUUUGUUAGUUUGCUUUCUGGUUCUUUUACAAGAAUUACUUGUUUUCAGUUCCGGGGGCAAAUUUCUGGUUCGAUUCGGCGUGCGAGCUUUUACCGGAUGCAGGAAAUUCUCGAUACCGGAUCCGUCGCCGCGUGAUCGCGCGACCACGGAUUCAAUCGGGGCGUUUUAGUUCUUGUAUGGAAACUCGGAGCCGGAAGCGGGCGGAGGCCUCCUCAGCAGCCCCUUCUUCUUCUUCCUCUUCCGCGCCUUCUUCCUCCGGUCCCACCACCCGCUCACAGAAACGCUCCCGCCUCUCUGCCUCCACCACUGCCGCCGCCGCUGCUGCCACCACCACUGCUUCUUCUCUCACCGUCACUGCUACUGCCGGUGCCUCACCCGCUACUGUCCCUACUCGUUCUCGCGUCUCUCGAGCUCAGCAGCCUGCUGCUGCCAUGGAACCUACAACCAAUCCUGUCGAAUCGUCUUCCUCGUCCAGGUCGCGCCGGAGUCGAGGCGCUGAAUCUGCCGACAAAGGGAAGGAGAAGGAGCAUGAGGUUAGGGUUCGAGAGAGUAAUAGGGAGGCUAGAGAGAGGGAUAGGGAUGGCUUAGGGAUAAAUAUGGAAGGUGGUCGGAAUAGUACCCGGAAUGAUGAGGAUGAUGAUAAUGAUAGCGAGGAGGGUGGUGGAAUUGGGGCUUUCCACCAGAAUUUGACCUCCGCAAGCAGUGCACUACAGGGUCUCCUGCGAAAGCUGGGAGCCGGACUAGACGAUCUCCUGCCCUCUUCGGCAAUGGCCUCAGCUUCGUCUUCGCACCAGUCUGGUAGAUUGAAGAAGAUUUUGUCCGGGUUGAGAGCUGAUGGUGAAGAAGGAAAACAAGUGGAGGCAUUGACCCAGCUUUGUGAUAUGCUGUCAAUUGGAACUGAGGACUCGUUGAGUACUUUCUCAGUGGAUUCUUUUGUACCUGUUCUAGUUGGUUUGCUGAAUCACGAAAGUAAUGCAGACAUUAUGCUGCUUGCCGCUAGAGCAAUCACACAUUUGUGCGACGUGCUGCCUUCUUCAUGUGCUGCUGUUGUGCAUUAUGGUGCGGUUUCUUGUUUCGUUGCAAGGUUGCUUACUAUCGAAUAUAUGGACUUGGCUGAACAGUCCCUGCAAGCAUUAAAGAAGAUAUCUCAGGAGCAUCCCACUGCCUGCCUUAGGGCUGGAGCUCUAAUGGCUGUGCUUUCUUAUUUGGAUUUCUUUUCUACUGGGGUCCAGAGAGUGGCACUGUCUACCGCUGCAAAUAUGUGCAAGAAGCUUCCUUCAGAUGCUGCUGACUUUGUGAUGGAAGCAGUACCGUUGCUCACAAAUCUUCUUCAGUAUCAUGAUGCUAAGGUGUUGGAGCAUGCCUCUGUUUGUUUGACUCGUAUUGCUGAAGCCUUCGCUUCAUCACCAGAGCAAUUGGAUGAACUCUGUAAUCAUGGACUGGUAACCCAAGCUGCAGAGCUCAUCUCCACUAGUAAUGUUGGAGGAGGACAGGCAUCCUUGAGCCCGCCUACAUAUACUGGAUUAAUUCGGCUACUCUCAACAUUUGCGAGUGGGUCUCCUCUAGGUUCUAAGACUUUGCUGCUUCUUGGAAUCAGUAGUACUCUCAAAGAUAUAUUGUUGGGUACUGGUGCUUCUGCUAAUGCAUCUGCUCCAGCUCUGAAUAGACCAGCAGAGCAGGUGUUCGAGAUUGUUAACCUUGCAAAUGAGCUUCUUCCGCCUCUUCCACAUGGAUCAAUAUCCCUUCCUGUGAGCUCAAAUAUAUUGGUGAAAGGUCCUCUUAUUAAGAAAUCCAGUACCAGCUCUUCUGGAAAGCACGAUGAAGCAAAUGGAGAUGCUACCGAGAUGUCAGCAAGAGAAAGAUUAAUUAAUGAUCAACCCAAUUUGCUUCAGCAGUUUGGAAUGGACCUCCUUCCUGUUCUAAUUCAGACCUAUGGUUCUAGUGUCAACAGUCCUGUACGUCAUAAAUGCCUCUCUGUUAUCGCAAAGUUGAUGUACUUCAGCAGUGCAGAGAUGAUUCAGUCUUUGCUGAGCUCAACAAACAUAUCUAGUUUCUUAGCCGGCGUUUUGGCAUGGAAAGAUCCACAUGUAUUGGUUCCUUCACUCCAGAUAGCUGAGAUUCUGAUGGAUAAGCUCCCAGGGACCUUCUCAAAGGCUUUCAUCAGGGAGGGGGUGGUUCAUGCCGUUGAUCAGCUUAUCUUAGCUGGUCCAAACACUACUAUUCCUGCAACCCCCCUUCCUGCCGAGAAAGACAAUGAUGCAGCCUCUGGGGCGUCAUCACGAUCUAGGCGUUAUAAGCGUCGCACUGGCAACCCAAAUCUUGAUGGGUCAGAAGACUCUAAGGAUCCAGUUUCUGCUAAUAUUGGAUCGCCUCCGAGUUCUGUUGAAAUUCCAUCAGUGAAUUCCAGUUUACGUGUGGCUGUCAGCACAUGUGCUAAAGCUUUCAAGGACAAGUACUUCCCUUCUAAUCCCGGGGCCACUGAUAUUGGGAUCACAGAUGAUCUCUUGCAUCUGAAGAAUCUUUGCUUGAAGUUAAAUGCUGGUGUGGAUGACCAGAAAGUUAAAGGAAAAGGAAAAUGCAAAGUUUCUGGAUCUCAUUUUACUGAGUUGUCUCCUGAAAAGGAAGAGUACUUGAUCAACGUGUUAACUGACUUGCUGGCAGAACUGAGCAAAGGGGAUGGAGUAUCCACUUUUGAAUUCAUUGGAAGUGGUGUUGUAGCUGCACUGCUGAACUACUUUUCUUGUGGUCAUUUUUCAAAGGAAAGGAUAUCUGAAGCUAACCUUCCUAAGCUUCGGCAACAAGCACUCAGACGAUUUAGGUCCUUCAUAUCUGUUGCUCUUCCCUCUGAUAUUCAAGAAGAGAGCCAAGCUCCUUUGAGUGUCUUGGUUCAGAAGCUUCAAAGUGCUUUGACAUCCUUGGAUCGUUUUCCAGUCGUUCUGAGCCAUUCAUCUAGAUUAUCUAGUGGAAGUGCACGUCUAUCUUCUGGGUUAAGUGCUCUGACUCAACCUUUCAAGUUACGCCUGUGUCGUGCGCAAGGCGAAAAAUCGCUUAGGGAUUAUUCUUCAAAUAUUGUACUUAUUGACCCAUUAGCAAGUUUAGCAUCCGUUGAAGCAUUUCUUUGGCCCCGUGUUGAUCGAGGUGAAUCUGGACAGAAGCAGUCGCCUUCUGCUGGAAACUCUGACUCUGGUACAACGCCCGCAGGUGCUGCCGAGACAUCUCCAUCUACCUCUACACCUGCUUCAACUGCACGUCGCCACUCUACAAGGUCCAAGGCAUCUGUUAAUAUAGGAGAUUCUUCCAAAAAGGAACCAGUGCAGGAGAGAGGGACAAGCUCAUCAAAAAUGAAGGGCAAGGCUGUCUUAAAAUCUCCCCAGGAUGAGACCAAAGGUCCCCAUACGAGGAAUGCUUCCCGUAGAAGAGCAGUCGUUGAUAAAGAUUCACAGAUGAAACCGCUGGAUGGUGAUUCUAGCUCGGAGGAUGAAGAACUAGAGAUCUCUGCAGUUGAGCUCGAUGAUGAACUGGUGAUUGAUGAUGGUAUGUCAGAUGAUGAAGAUGACGAGCAGGAAGAUGUGUUGAGAGAUGAUUCUCUUCCUGUCUGCAUGCCUGAAAAGGUGCAUGAUGUAAAAUUAGGUGAUGCACCCGAAGAUACUACUGUUGCUUCGGCAACAAAUGACGGCGACCAUUCUCAUCCAGCUCCUGGUUCUAGUAGCAGCCGUGGUGCUGGUGGUAGGGCCUCUGAUUCUGCUGAUUUAAGAACUGGUCUUUCCUAUGGUUCUAGGGGUGCUAUGUCCUUUGCUGCUGCGGCAAUGGCUGGGCUUGGUUCUGCUGAUGCUAGGGGUAUCAGAGGAGUCAGAGACAGACAAGGGCGCCUUUUGUUUGGUGGCUCCAAUGAUCCAGCAAGGUUGAUCUUCACUGCAGGUGGGAAGCAGCUCAAUAGGCAUUUAACCAUAUAUCAAGCCAUCCAGCGACAGCUCGUGCUGGAUGAGGAUGAGGAUGAUAGAUAUGCUGCUAGUGAUUUCGUCUCCAGUGAUGGAAGCAGACUUUGGAGUGAUAUAUACACUAUAACUUAUCAGAGAGCUGACAGCCAAAGUAAUAAGGCCUCUGGUGGUGGUGGAUCAAAUGCUACUACUCCUUCCAAAUCCGGGAAAGCUACAGGUUCUUCUGGUGCAAAAUCUGAUAUGCAACUGCAUCAAAUGUCACUUUUAGACAGCAUAUUGCAGGGUGAACUUCCAUGUGAUCUUGAGAAGUCCAAUCCUACCUAUAACAUAUUAGCACUGCUUCGAGUCUUGGAUGGUUUGAACCAGCUUGCAUCUCGUCUGAGGGCACAACUAGUUUCCGACAAUUUUGCAGAGGGUAAAAUCACGAGUUUGGAUGAGCUUACUGCUUCUGCUGUCAAGGUCCCUACUGAAGAAUUCAUCAACAGCAAGCUCACUCCUAAACUAACCCGACAAAUGCAGGAUGCCCUUGCAUUGUGCAGUGGUAGUCUUCCUUCUUGGUGUUACCAGUUGACCAAGGCGUGCCCAUUCUUGUUUCCCUUUGAGACUCGCCGGCAGUACUUCUACUCAACUGCUUUUGGAUUGUCUCGUGCUCUGUAUCGCCUUCAGCAGCAGCAAGGUGCUGAUGGGGGAGGGGCGUUUAAUGAGAGAGAGGUUAGAGUUGGAAGGUUGCAGCGUCAGAAGGUGCGUGUUUCGAGGAAUCGCAUUCUGGAUUCUGCUGCUAAAGUAAUGGAGAUGUAUUCUAGUCAGAAAGCGGUGCUUGAGGUAGAGUAUUUUGGGGAAGUUGGUACAGGACUGGGUCCCACACUAGAGUUCUAUACCCUUUUGAGUCAUGAUUUACAGAAGGCUUCACUUGGGAUGUGGAGGUCCAAUGAAUCAUCAUCGUCUGAGAAGUCUCCAAUGGAAGUUGAUGGGAAUGAGAAGCUUGUUCAUGCUCCACUGGGUUUGUUCCCUCGGCCAUGGUCUCCAAAUGCAAAUGCCUCUGAGGGUAGUCAGUUGUACAAGGCUGUCGAGUACUUUCGUCUCGUUGGUCGUGUGAUGGCCAAAGCUCUUCAGGAUGGGCGACUUUUGGACUUGCCAUUUUCUACAGCUUUCUACAAGAUUGUCUUGGGUCAAGAUCUUGAUUUGUAUGAUAUUCUUUCUUUUGAUGCUGAGCUUGGGAAGACGCUGCAAGAACUGGAUGCCAUUGUUUGUAGGAAGCGUUAUUUGGAAUCCUCGGGGAACAAUGUUGCUGUUACUGAUUUACGAUUCCGUGGGGCUAAGAUUGAAGAUCUGUACUUGGAUUUUACUCUUCCUGGUUAUCCAGACUACAUUCUGAAGACAGGGGGAGAUCAAACUGUUGUUGUCAGUAACUUGGAGGACUAUAUAUCCUUGGUAGUAGACGCAACUGUUAGGACCGGAAUAACCCGCCAAAUGGAAGCAUUCAGGGCUGGAUUCAAUCAGGUGUUUGAUAUUGCAUCACUGCAAAUAUUUUCUCCACUAGAACUGGACUACUUGCUUUGCGGGCGCAGAGAGCUGUGGGAGGCUGAUACCCUUGUCGAUCACAUCAAAUUUGAUCAUGGUUACACUGCCAAGAGCCCUGCAAUCAUUAACUUACUUGAGAUUAUGGGAGAGUUCACGCCAGAGCAGCAACGAGCCUUUUGUCAGUUUGUUACUGGUGCACCAAGGCUUCCUCCUGGGGGUCUUGCUGUGUUGAACCCUAAGUUGACCAUUGUGAGAAAGCAUUCUUCAACUGCGACAAACCCACCUGCUAAUGGGACAGGGCCUUCGGAAUCGGCAGAUGAUGACUUGCCUAGUGUGAUGACCUGUGCUAAUUACCUCAAGCUUCCUCCUUACUCUACAAAGGAAAUAAUGUACAAGAAACUGGUCUAUGCAAUCAACGAAGGGCAGGGAUCAUUCGACUUGUCUUAAGCUUUUCCACUAACUUGCAACUCCCAUGAACGAGAAAGAAAGCAAAACUGUGUAUAGUAGUGAGGAAUGAAGAUAGAGAGUUAUCUGGAGGGUUAUCUUCUGCUCAAUAAUGGCAUCGUUUCCCUCCUGCAAUUUAAUUUGUUUGGCUGUCAAUCAAGGUCAGUCAGUCGCCUAAUUUUAUUCAAAGGCUGUGCCGUCUGGAGAUUGGCUAACUUUCUAGCAAUCAAUUUUCUUAUAAAUCUUGGAUCGUGCUUUGCAAUUGUGAUUUACUGCCUACUGUUGUGUCCAGGUUGUGGAUCGGUGUUGGGUUUUCGAAAAGGCUGUGAAGAGGGAUGUUUGCUAAAAACGGACUUAUUACUUAGAUCUGCUGCCAAUGUAAAUACUAAAUAAUAAAAAAGGAAAAGAAUAGUGGUUUUAUUAGCAUUUAGGAACGCCUGUAUUUAGUUGCAAAUCGUGAAAUUUUCGUAUCCUUUCUUUGAUAUUAUCAUCUACCCCCCAGCUUUUGGUUUCCAUUUGCCUUUGAUGCCCAACUGGUUUACCUGUUUUUGCCCUGAAACAAAACAAGAACAAUAAAGAUAAAUGUAUCAGUACGUG